AUGAACUCCCUCUUCACAAGCGCCUUCAGUCCACUCGCUGUCUCCCUGGGGCUGCUCCUGGUGAUGACUUCUGCUUUCCCUACCCCGGGUCCCCUGGGAGAAGAUUUCAAAAAUGACACCACCCCAAGCAGACUACUUCUGACCACUCCAGAAAAAACCGAAGCUCUCAUUAAGCACAUCGUCGACAAAAUCUCUGCAAUAAGAAAGGAGAUAUGUGAAAAGAAUGACGAGUGUGAAAACAGCAAGGAGACACUGGCAGAAAAUAAGCUGAAACUUCCAAAAAUGGAGGAAAAAGAUGGAUGCUUCCAAUCUGGGUUCAAUCAGGCGAUUUGCUUGAUCAAAACCACUGCUGGUCUUCUGGAGUAUCAGAUAUACCUGGACUUCCUCCAGAACGAGUUUGAGGGAAAUCAGGAAACUGUCAUGGAGUUGCAGAGCAGUAUCAGAACACUGAUCCAGAUCCUGAAGGAAAAGAUCGCAGGUCUAAUAACCACUCCAGCCACAAACACUGACAUGCUGGAGAAGAUGCAGUCCUCAAACGAGUGGGUAAAGAACGCAAAGGUUAUCAUCAUCCUGAGAAGCCUUGAGAAUUUCCUGCAGUUCAGCCUGAGAGCUAUUCGGAUGAAGUAG